AUGAGUUCAACAAACUUCGCCGCUGCACAAGAACGAGUUCUUCAACGUCGUCGCCAGCGUGAGGCGGAAGCGCGCGCCCGCUAUGCAGCACAGCAGCGGGCCUCUCCGAUCAGCCCGGCCACCGUCCAGCGUCUGCCAUAUCCAUUGAAUCGAUUAUCCAGUUCGGGGUGGCGGAUAUGGAAUUCCAUUCAGGGCCGGGAAGGCACGCGCCCCGCAUUUCGCGUGGGCCAGGUGGACGCUGAAUUGUUGGAUGAGGAGUUGCUUGGGCUGCUGAAGGGCCAGGUCGGGGAUGCUCUCAAAUACUUCGGGCCUCAAAUUCGCGAAGAUUGGUCACAUGAGAUUCUGUUCGCGUUACGGGCCAUGCUCUUUAAACUAUCAAUAUGGGAUCAUAACGCAUCGUAUGGUGCGGCACUACAAGGCCUCAAAUACACCGAUAGUCGAAGCAAAGGACCCGUUUUCUCUUCUCCGACAAAAUGGCAGAAGGGUAUUUAUGGCUUAUUGACAGUUGGGGGGCGAUAUGCUUGGGACAAGUGGGAGAGCUGGUUGGUCGGACAAGAAGGUGGCUAUGACGAGGUUAGUGCCGACACAUUGCUCUCUAUUGGCAAUGCUUUACUAACGGAUACUACAAAGCCAUCACCGGACAUCCGAAUGAUGUCGCGACUAACGGACAUGAUCUCGACAUCGCACUCGAUUGCCGCCUUCGUCUCUUUCCUGGUCUUCCUAGUGAAUGGCCGAUACCGUACCUUGGUCGAUCGCAUCCUUCGUAUUCGCCUGACUCCUCCAUCUGCACAGGCUAGCCGGGAAGUAUCCUUUGAGUAUUUAAACCGUCAACUAGUUUGGCAUGCCUUUACCGAAUUCCUUCUUUUCCUCCUUCCUCUUGUUGGAAUUGGCCGCUGGCGGCGAUGGAUAUCCCGGGUCUGGCAAAAGAUGGUCAAUUCUGUCCGGUCAAGCGGCGAUGACGACGAGACCCCCGAAAAACAAGGAGAGCUGGCCUUCCUCCCAGAGCGAACCUGUGCUAUCUGCUACCACGAUCAGAACCCCACCACAACGACCGAAAGCGAUACCAUAGCCGCCUCUGCGUCAGGGGGUAUUGUAGGAUCGGCGCAAACUGAUAUCACAAACCCAUAUGAGACCGUCCCUUGCGGCUGUAUCUAUUGUUUCGUCUGUAUUGUGCAGAAACUGGAAGCAGAAGAAGGCCAGGGAUGGUCAUGCCUCCGGUGUGGUGAAAUUGUCAAGAAGUGCCAACCUUGGAAUGGCGAUGUGCUAGAAGAGGCACGGUCGCAGCCUGGAACUGGGAAGAUUGUUGGCUUUGCCAUUGACGGUGAACUGAAUGGCGAGACCCGUGGGACAGAUCUUCAUCGAGGGGACUCAUCAAACAAACCCAGCCCAUUGCAAGAGAUCAGCGCCGAUGAAGCCCUGCAGCAUUCAGAGCAAUGGUCCACCAUUGAGAAAGAGACAGAAGACGAUAGCACAAGAGGUACGAACGAGGAUGAGGACCUAGAACCUACUGCGACGUGA